AUGACUGUGAUUGGGCACAUCCUCAUCGCUGUUUUGGUGCUGUCAGAGCAGCAUCUGCACACCCCCACGUACUUCUUCUGGGGCAAUCUGCCCUCCUUGGAGACCUGCUACAGCUCCACCCUCCUGCCCCGGCUGCUGGCCAGCUUGCUGACUGGGGACGGGACCAUUUCUGCUCACAGCUGGAUGGACAUCAUUGAAUGUGGAGGUGAUCUCCAUGAACAACUAGGUUCUGCUGACAGGCCCGGUGUGAAAAUUGUUGGUCAUUUCCUUGACUACAUCUUCAAGGGGGAUGGAGAAGUCUACCCUAACUUCUCAAUGUCUUUUCCUCCAUGGACAGUGCCCAAUAACCAAUGGAAGCAAAUUUUCAAUGGCAGUUCCAUCACCCAGUUCCUCCUCCUGGCAUUUGCAGACACGCGGGAGCUGCAGCUCCUGCACUUCUGGCUCUUCCUGGGCAUCUACCUGGCUGCCCUCCUGGGCAACGGCCUCAUCAUCACCGCCAUCACCUGCGACCACCACCUCCACACCCCCAUGUACUUCUUCCUCCUCAACCUCUCCCUGCUCGACCUGGGCUCCAUCUCCACCACUCUCCCCAAAGCCAUGGCCAAUUCCCUCUGGAACACCAGAGACAUCUCCUAUGCAGAAUGUGAUGUACAGCUCUUUUUCUUUGUCUUCUUUGCUACAGCAGAGUUUUAUUUUCUCACCGCCAUGUCCUAUGAUCGCUAUGUUGCCAUCUGCCAACCCCUGCACUUCGGGACCCUCCUGGGCAGCAGAGCUUGUGUCCACAUGGCAGCAGCUGCCUGGGGCACUGGGAUGCUCUAUUCUCUCCUGCACACUGCCAACACAUUUUCCCUACCACUCUGCCAAGGCAAUUCCAUAAACCAGUUCUUCUGUGAAAUCCCCCAGAUCCUCAAGCUCUCCUGCUCAGGCUCCCACCUCAGAGAAGUUGGGCUCCUUGUGGUUAGUGCCUAUUUACCAUUUGGGUGUUUUGUUUUCAUUCUUUUUUCCUAUGUGCAGAUUUUCAGGGCUGUGCUGAGGAUCCCCUCUGAGCAGGGACGGCACAAAGCCUUUUCCACGUGCCUCCCUCACCUGGCCGUGCUCUCCCUCUUUAUCAGCACUUCAUUUUUUGCCUACCUGAAGCCCCCCUCCAUCUCCUCCCCAUCCCUGGACCUGGUGGUGUCAUUUCUGUACUCGGUGGUGCCUCCAGCAGUGAACCCCUUCAUCUACAGCAUGAGGAACCAGGAGAUCAAAGAUGCCCUGAGGAAACUGGUAACAGGUUGA